CGACAUUUUCCUCCGGGCUGCCUCACUUAUGUUAAUAUUGUGAGUGCACAAGUGUCACACCAGCCCACCUCACUGAGAAGACUGUGAUUCUUUCGCUUUGAAAGGCACAUUCGCCUUUAUUCCUUCCCCUCUUCCAAACAGUGUACUGUCCCUUUAAAAGUAAAUGGGGCGCGCGCUGUGUGAGCAUCGACCGUUUACAGGCUCCGCUCAUUCGGGAUCCAUUCAUAAAUAACACAUCGUUUGGAGAGGAUGCGCUUGUAAUAGCGUCUGAUAGUUUCUGGUUUUACCCGGAGGACCGGCUGAGAGGAGCACACGGGACCCGGACAUGUUCCCCUCGGUCGGGGAGAGUGAGUCAGGGGCACAGACGGGAGAACAGGACUGACUUCCCAUGGCUGACCCUCCUGCUGAUAGCUUUGACUUCAUGUGUGAGCCGUCAGGAGGCAGCUUGACAAUAUCUGUCCAACCCAGUGAAAUGCUCGUUUCCUCGCAGGGUUUGGUGUUUUCUACGUGCUUCCGCUUAUCGCAAAUACUUCUGCUGUGAAAACUCCACCGCUUACAUCCUACUUUUUACAAUAAUUUCAUAUUUGAUAAAUGAUAACACCCCAGAGGAGCCGAGGAGCUGACAUACCGAUGGAGCAGUGAGUUAUGGCAGCGAAAGAGGAACUGUACGCCAAAGUGACCCCGCGGAGGCAGCGCCAGACCCGGCCGAGUACGGUCAAACAUGGGUCCACUCUGGACGUGCUGCUGUCCAUGGGCUUCCCCAAGACCAGGGCGCUGAAAGCUCUGGUUUCGACGGGAGGGAAGAACGUGCAGGCAGCUUGUGACUGGCUCUUCUCCCACGUGGACGACCCGUUCUUAGACGACCCUCUGCCCAGAGAGUAUGUGUUGUACCUACGACCCAGUGGGCCUCUGCUCCAGCAGCUCUCAGUCUUCUGGCAGCAGUCCCGUCUCUCCUGUGGCAAGAACAAAGCCCACAACAUCUUCCCUCACAUCACUCUCUGCCAGUUCUUCAUGUGUGCAGACGGAAAGGUGGAGGCUCUCUCAGACGCUCUUCAGACCACUGUGGCAAAGUGGAAGUCUCGUAUACCAAUGCCACUCCCAUUAGAGCUCUACACAUCCUCCACCUUUAUCGGCCUCUUCGUGGAGGAGCAGGUGGCCGAGGUGCUGAAGAGUUUUGCAGCUGAUUUUGCUGCCGAGGCAGCCGCUAAAGCAGAUGUUCACGUGGAGCCGCAUAAGAAACAACUUCAUGUCACUUUGGCUUACCAUUUCCAAACCAGUCACCUUCCAAUUCUGGAGAAGUUGGCCAAAAGCGUGGAUGUUUCAUCAGGCUGUGACUGGCUGGCUGUGCUCUUCUCCCGGGACAUUCGGUUUGCGAACCAUGAGACACUGCAGGUCAUGUACCCGUAUGUGCCUCAGAAUGACGAUGAGUUGGAGUUGGUGCCAGGAGAUUUUAUCUUCAUGUCUCCUGUGGAGCAGAGCUCUGCCAGUGAGGGCUGGGUGUAUGGCACCUCGCUGGGCACAGGGCUGUCCGGCCUGCUGCCUGAGAAUUACGUCAACCGUGCUGACGAGUCCGACACCUGGGUUGUCCAUGGGUCUCAGUCUAUUCUCAACUGUGCCUCUCCGUCCAACUCUGGCAGCACCGUGGGUGGGUUGUUAUUUGAUGGACAGCUGAAUGAAAGUCUCCUUGAUAGUCUCAUGGAUCCUCCCAGCAUCACUGGCCUCUGUCCACCAAUGCAGGUGUCAAGGCAAACUACUCAGCCGUCCCUGUCCAAGAUGAGACUGUUUGUCUGUCGCCAUGGAGAGAGGAUGGAUGUGGUCUUUGGGAAACACUGGGUCACUCAGUGCUUUGACUCCAAAGGCCGCUACGUUCGCUCUAAUCUCAACAUGCCGUCCAGCCUGCCGGUAAGAAGCGGUGGUCACCGGGACUAUGAUAAAGAUUGUCCGAUUACUGUGUUUGGCUCCACCCAGGCCCGUCUUGUAGGUGAAGCCUUGUUGGAAAGUCACACCAAAAUAGACUUUGUUUACUGCUCUCCUUCACUUCGCUGCGUUCAGACUGCACAGCACAUCCUGCAGGGCCUCCAGCAGGAUGGAAAAACAAAACUCCGUGUGGAGCCCGGAUUGUUUGAAUGGACCAAGUGGGUUUCAGGCACAUGUUUGCCCACCUGGAUUCCCCCGGCCGACCUGGCUGCUGCAAACCUGAGCGUGGACACAACAUACAGACCUCAUAUUCCAGUAAGUAAGUUGGCUGUGUCCGAAUCCUACGACACCUACAUCAGCCGGAGCUUCCAAGUAACCCGCGAGAUCCUGGCAGAGUGCAAGAACCUGGGAAGCACAGUCCUGAUUGUGGCCCAUGCUUCCUCCCUGGAGGCUUGCACUCGCCAGAUUCAGGGCCUCAGCCCCCAGAACUCCAAGGACUUUGUCCAAGUGGUCCGAAAGAUUCCUUACUUGGGUUUUUGUGCUUGUGAAGAAAUGGGAGAGACUGGGGUGUGGCAGCUGGUCGACCCACCCAUCCUGCCUCUCACACAUGGACCCAAUCACAGUUUCAACUGGAGGGAAAUGCUCAUGCAAGACUGAAAGAUGUGCUUUUUGGCUCACUGUUUAAGCAGACCUGAACUGCCAAAAAAAUAUUUAUUUUUAACCCACGCUGUUAUAAAUCCAACCCUACUACCAAAAAAAGGAAAAAAAAAGAAAACACGACUGGCUUCCGACAAAGACAUCAUGCAAAAAAUUGUGCAUUCAUUGAAGCAAAUGUAUUCAAAGGCACUGCUCAGGAAGGAGAGAUUUCAGUUUUUAUGAGGACCACAGCAACAAAUUAUAGGCACUUUGUCACGUUUCCCUUAAUUUUGUUUUUCUUGUCCCUAAAUGUGGCGAUGCUAUGAGAAAGCUGGAUGUUUCUUAUAGGAUACGGUUAGGAAUCAGGUUUUAUGAUACAGGAAGGUGUAAAGACUUCGUGCUCUUCAGCCUUCUCACACACUGUGACAAGAAUUAGCCGAGAGAGUGAGAUAGAAGUAUUUUUCCAUGUGUCAGAAAUUAUUAUUUAACAUGUAGCUAUGACCCUCCUGUGAAAAGCACAAAAGAAAUGCUGACAAUCAGGCAGGGGGAGAACUGAUCUUCAUUGUUUCUGGUGCUGAGAAGGGUUGUUUAUGAUUCUGUUUUAUUCCUGUAAAUGUCUAAAAAUGAAGUGAUUAUUUUAAGUCAACAUUUAUUGUGCCCACAUGAAUCCUUUAACAUUCCUGUAACACAGUUUUGAUCACCAUCACAGGCAAAACUGUCAAAAUGACAGAAAAUGAAUAGAAUGAAGUACAGAUUGCCGUUCUAUGCUUGUUUUGUCCAGGCACAUUCAACUCUUGCUUCAUUAUCACAGCCGUCUAUGUAAGCCUGAUAACCACACUGCUUUUCAAACACUUUUUUUUUGGUUAUGUCAUACGAUUUUGAAGUGCUUAUUGCCUAGACUGGGUGUUUGUUGUAUGACUCAGAAAAUGUAUUCACACACUCAAAAAAAUGAAUAAAGCAAGGCCGUGGAGUAAU